AUGCCGGGAGAAGUCAUUGAUCGGCCGAAUCCACAGGCUUUGCCUUCCAAUUUGCCUGAUGAGUUAGAGAGGCUCAGUGUUAAAGUACCUCCUUGUACGGGACUUGAUCAACAGCUUUGCGAUGGCUUGUUCAAGUUUCGGAAGGCGGCAUCCUAUAUCGCUGCAGGCCACUGGGGAACUUGCCCUGGCUUGAUCCUCGUCUACUCCCACCUCAAUUAUCUUAUUAGAGCAAGAAAUCUCGAUAUGAUUUAUGUUGUUGGUCCAGGGCACGGAGCACCGGGGAUCCUAGCCGCAUUGUGGAUAGAAGGCUCAUUAGAGAAGUUUUAUCCCCACUAUUCAAGGGACGCUCAAGGUCUCCACAAGCUCAUCUCCAGGUUUAGUACCACAGAGGGAUUACCAAGUCACAUUAACUCCGAAACCCCGGGCGCCAUUCAUGAAGGUGGAGAGCUGGGCUACUCCCUGGCUGUAUCAUUUGGUGCAGUCAUGGAUAAUCCAAAUCUGAUUGUUACUUGUGUUGUGGGUGACGGAGAGGCUGAAAGUGGGCCAACAGCUGCAUCUUGGCACUCAACCAAGUAUAUUGAUCCCAAAGAGUCUGGCGCCGUCCUUCCGAUCCUUCACUUGAACGGGUUCAAAAUCAGCGAACGCACAAUCUUUGGAUGCAUGGAUCACAAGGAGCUAUUGGCGCUUUUCAGUGGAUAUGGGUACCAAGUCCGGUUUGUGGAGAAUGUGAAUGAUAUCGAUACGGACUUAUACUGUUCAAUGUCAUGGGCCGUGGAUGAAAUCCAUAAAAUCCAAGAAGCGGCGCGUUCUGGAAACCCAAUUAUGAAGCCUCGGUGGCCAAUGCUGAUACUGAACACACCAAAGGGUUGGUCUGGACCAAAAAUGCUUCGCCAAAAUUUCGUCGAGGGUUCAUUUCAUUCGCACCAAGUGCCAUUACCCAAGGCAAAAUCUGAUCCAUAUGAACUGGAUCUCCUUCAAAAAUGGCUGUCGGACUAUAGACCCGAAGAACUCUUCAAAGAGGAUGGCGACGUCAUUGAUGAGAUCAAGUCAAUACUACCGAUUGAAAAUUCUAAGAAGCUGGGCCAGCGCAUUGAAGUAUACAAUAGCUACAGAACACCGAAUUUACCAGACUGGAAACAAUUCGGCGGGAAGUCAGGCUCAGAAGAGAGUACUAUGAAAUCAACGGGGAGGUUCAUCAACGAGUUCUUUGUUAUGAAUCCACAUAGUGCACGACUCUUCUCGCCUGAUGAACUGGAGAGCAACAAGCUUGAUGCGGUGUUUGACAAGACGAAUCGAAACUUUCAAUGGGAUGAGUUUGCUAACGCCCGCGGAGGUCGCGUUAUUGAGGUUCUUAGCGAACACAUGUGUCAGGGAUUCAUGCAAGGGUAUACCCUGACUGGUCGCGUGGGGAUUUUCCCUUCAUAUGAGAGUUUUCUUGGUAUAAUUCACACUAUGAUGGUGCAAUACUCUAAAUUCGUCAAAUUAGCCGAAGAAACCAAGUGGCAUUGCCCCAACGCCAGCCUCAACUACAUCGAAACAAGCACAUGGACUCGACAGGAGCAUAACGGUUUCUCCCAUCAAAACCCAUCUUUCAUAGGAUCCGUGUUGAAGCUCAAACCAACAUCCGCCCGUGUCUAUCUACCACCAGAUGUUAACUCGUUCCUGACAACACUUCAUCACUGUUUGAAGUCAAAGAACUAUAUCAACUUGAUGGUAGGCUCAAAACAGCCGACCCCGGUAUAUCUGACACCCGAAGAAGCAGAAAACCACUGCCGAGCCGGGGCAUCUGUUUGGAAAUUCUGCAGUACGGAUGACGGUCUGAAUCCCGAUGUUGUUCUCGUUGGUAUAGGAGUCGAGCUCACGUUCGAAGUUAUCGCGGCUGCAGCACUUCUUCGAGAGCGCGCUCCAGAGCUACGCGUCCGAGUUCUCAACGUGACUGAUCUCAUGAUUUUGGAUAAUGCAGGAGCCCACCCGCAUUCAUUGUCGACCGAGGCGUUUGAUAACCUGUUUACUCCUGACAGGCCUGUUCUCUUCAAUUAUCAUGGAUACCCGACAGAGCUACAGGGAUUGCUCUUUGGUCGCCCACGCCUGGAGCGUGUUUCAAUUGCUGGAUACAUGGAAGAGGGAACGACGACCACACCAUUCGACAUGAUGCUUGUCAAUCGGACAUCGCGGUAUCAUGUGGCACAGGUUGCUGUUCAGGGCGCAUCGAGAUUUAAUGAGAAGAUCCAAGCCCACAGUCAAGAACUACUGGCUGAAUUUGAUCAUAAUAUUGUUGAGGCGCGAAAGUACAUCAUCGCCAACAAUGAGGGUAAGACUCCUCCCGAGGUCCUUAUCAGCCGUUUUUCGUUGUCGUAUUUUUUCCGGAUUUUAUUACAUGCGUACAUUCACUGA